CGUGAUAUUUAUGCAAUGAACGCAUGAAAGCUCACUCUCAACACGUUUUCAUAAGUGCAGCAUUCGGUCAGCAAUCAGUCAGCUAUCACCCCACAUACCCCAUCGAGGCAGGGCGGGACAUGAAGCAGAGCAUACGGCAGCAAACAAAAUAGGAUGCGAAUACAUCAGUCACAUUUUACUCACACCACAGCGAAGGCCCUGAUCCAGUUGGGGCUCGCCGAGAAGCCACUGACGCCGGACCCGGAUGGCCUUCGGAGGGACGCUCAUUGGAUCAGCAUGGUUGGCCAUCCACUGCUGCAUCACGUCCUCAAUUUGGUGGUACUUCGGCUGUCUGUUGCGCUUCUUGUUUGUGUCGAUGGCUUUCUUGCCCGGCGCCGGCUGCUUCUUCAGUUUGUGCCGCCACUGCUUGAACUGGCCAGGCUUGAGGCCCUUCUCUCGUUCGAACCGGGAAAUGGUGAUGCGCUCGCCGAACUUCUUCCGCCUUUCGAACUCCUCCACCAGCCGCAGCCGCUCGCCAAUCGUCACCUCGCCGGCCCUCUCAGUGGGCACCUGCAAGACACACACACAAACACAGACAGCAUUGGUGAGGCGACAGGCAGUGCGCGUAUUUGGCAAGUGUGCAUCACCUGCUGUGACGACUGGGGAGCCCUUCGUCUCGGUGAGUGCCGGAGUGGCGGGAGGGACUCUCCGCGAUCUCGUGCGGACGGCUCAGGCGGCGGCCACAUGACAUUGGGAUGCAUUUGGUAGGGCGGGAAGCCAUAGUGAGUACGAGGAUACUGACCACACACAUGAGAGGACAAUCACAUCAACGAGUGGGCCUCUUUCCUUCGUUCUCUCACCUGAGGUGUCUGCUGCUGCAUGGAGGGGUCGGCGAUGGGGUGGCCGCUUGAAUGGUGGCCUCCGCCAUAGGGCAGAUAAGAAACUGCCAGAGCACCGGCGUGUCGCUCCCAUACAUCAUCUGUGGAACCACACAGUGCGUGAUAUCAGCCGUUCAGCUCACAUGCGUGUCCAUCGCGGCUCACUGUGAUGCGACUGCUGAGUCAUCCAUUCACCAGCCGCACUCGCAUCAAAAUCACCUGGCACCUGCGAGGAAAGAGAAAGGAACAGAUUCGCAUCAGCACCACUGACUCCAUCGCUGCACACACCUGUGUGUGAGUGUCAUUGAAAUGAUGCCAGCGGUAAUGAUGCUCCUCGGCUCCCGUGGGAUCAUCAUGAAAUUCGCAGUCCCACAUUCCCUGUGGGCCAGAUCUGCCUGAAUCAUCCAUCAGAUGGCCUCCUUCAGGAAGGCCCUCCUUCCUUCGGCAGCCCUUUCAGGACAGCCUGAAGAGUCACACAGACAUCAGCCAGAUCAGCCAACUGGUGUGUGGCGGCAAGGCGCAUCACCUGGUGGUCAGAUCUGCUUGAGUCCAGUCCUCCAUCACUCUCAGAAGGUGAUGUGAUCGUUUCUUUUUUCUGUUUUGUUUCUG